GAAUUGUGGAUACACUUUUUGUCCACGCAAACUGCCUUAUUUAUUUAUUUAUUUAUUUAUUUGUCUCUCAUUAUUAGAGAUUUUAAAAAAAAACCUAAACGUGAUGUGAAUGUUUUGAAAAUUAGACACCUGAUGGCGCUACAUCAUUUGUCAUGUGAUGACAAAUGCUGGCCUGCGAGAACGUGAGGAAUUUUUCAGCAUCUAUUCCUAUUUAAAAAUCUUGCAGGAUCAUUCAUGUAGAGGUUUUGGUCACCACUUUGUUUUUAACCCUUUUUAGAAUCUAAAAUCUAAUUUUUUUCCAAGUUCUCAGAGACAGACAAUGCUAUUUUUCAGAUGUCAAGCAAAAAUGCUGAAUCCAUCAUAACGCACAGAGGCUCAGUAACAUUUAUAAAACAAUUAUAUAGCUUAGCAAUUUACACAAGAAUAAUACAAUAAUCAACACUGUAAACUACUUGAGGAGAAGACAAACUGUGUUACUCAUCAUUGUCUUGUUAUACUAAUUAAACCUAACUUUACUUUCUUUUAUUUUUCUAGCAACAAGUGUAUCCCAGUGAGGCUGCGUGUGAGGACUCGUUUUCCACGUGUUAUUCAUCAAAUGGACAGUCUGCAGACAUUUGAGAAGAAGGAACAUGACAAGAAACAGUUGCGAUGAUGGAUUCAUGUUCCCUGACUCACACCGUGUUGCUCUGACCCUGCAGGUCAUCUUCCAGCGGGCCUCCGGAACCAUACUGUCACAUGACACGAGAGGCCAGAGUUUUGCUAAACCCCCAGAAAGGACCAACAUAACUGAUGAAAGCCGUCCAGAAAAUGCAGAUAACGAACAACAAUAACGUCUGUCUCACAACGUCGCGGAAUUAUUUGCAACAAUGUCGUUAUACAUUUGAACAUAAUGACAAAAUUCAUCACCCUAAACAUAUUGGGUCAGCGAUCGCUAAGGACGAACUUGCACAGUGAGAUGGAAUACAGAACGAGAUAAAGGAAAGGACGUUAAAACGAGGAAAAAAAAUAGAUGUUGUAGUUAUACUAUCCUCAAUCAAGACAGUAGCUCGUCAGUGUUCCUUCCUGCAAACUACCGAAGGUAACUUUAGGAAUCAACAACUUCUAGCCAUUUUCUUGGAUGACAGAAUUCAAGAAAACGACAAAGAGGAGCACGGCGUCAUUUGGUGCUCAAGAGCGACAAGAAAACCCCGCUGGGAUUCAUUGCCUCAAAAAGAGCACGUACUGCUAUACAAGUGACCAGCUGUAGAGCCUGAGAAGUUCCACUUCAACCCAUAUUUGUGCAGGCGGAGACGUGUGGAAAUGCCCAGUUUAGCCUACUUAAACCUAUAGCCUACUAAGAGGGAAAUAACAAUUUGGUUUCAAAACCGGAGGAUGAGGCAAAAAAGAUUGUAGGUUGAAAAGAAUUGUCUCUCGUAGCUAUUGCUGGACUAUCUCCGAUCAGCAGCUCAUCACCACCGUCUUGAGUGAAACUGCGAGAGGUUUAUUUAUUCAUGGCAUAUACAUUGCCUCAAGUAAAAGGCCCUUCCGCAAAUAUGGGUGGGUAUGCUUAUCCAGUCUAUAUAGGCCUACAUUAAUAGCAUUCUCUGUCUCCUCUGGACAAUUACAAAACUAUUCUGUCAUGUUCCCCAGAGAUAGCCUAUAAUAAAGUCCCCCCAAAUGCCAGUUUCAUGUAAUAUCCGAAAUUAAUUUUUAAUGAUAAAUAAGUAUUAUAGUAAUGUAAUUGAUUGAUGUAAUAACGUCAUUGGGGUUAAUAAUUCAAAUUAUUGUGUGAAAAUGAAAAGCGCUAGGCUAUGAAUUUUACAUUUUAGUGUGUGUAGCCUAAUGUAUUUAGGCCUAUUGCUUCUGAUAGGCUAAAUUCAAGGUUCUCGCGAUGUUCAUUUGAAAUCUAAGAUCUAAUCAUCAGAGUUUAUCUGGGACAGUUUACAAUUCUUGUUAAUAAUUUUCUGUAUUCGAAUGGAGAAUGUUUGUCACUUGCACUACAAAUAAAGUUUUUAGGUUUCACUAAAGUCGAAUAUAUUAAGCUUAUCCUUUGCUUUUAGGAAAGAAUCCUAGAAAGCAAGGGCACGUUUCACGAUCUCCCUUUGCUUAGAAACAAAAUAUUGUAGCAUCAUAAAAACCUUACUUUAAUGGGAGAUUCUAAUCAUUCUUUUAAAAAGUAGAGUGGCUCACCAUAUCGAGAGAGAGAUAAAGCCAAUCUCUAGGCUAUUGGUGUACAUAGAAGUUCAUUCAGUCCAGUUAAAUUAGGAACUUAGAUUUGAAAAUAGCACAAGAAACUCCCUGGGGGAAAAAAACACAAAGGCGGACUAUAUCAAGUCAAUGGUCUACUCUUGCGUAUGAUUAAUUUUUAGGGCCUGUUUAUUUAUAGUUUGCAACACAACUUCAGUUGUCCUCGCCGUCACGAAUACAAUAUAAAUUCGCUGUUAUAAUUGCUGUGCUCGCUUUUAUUCACAUUAGAUCUACGUUGCCAGUUUAUCAGAUUGAUGGGUGGAUUCGAUUGAUGUGUUUGUCAUGUAAAUACGAAUCGUUUGAUGGACACCUGCAACGCCCAGAGUGCUACCGCAGGUCGCACACUAUUGGUGCAAAAUUAGUCACAUGAUCUGUCACUUAACUGAUAUGAGCUCGGAUAGAACUUUGUGUGGUUUGACAUACUGCUUAGAGGUUGUAGGGGCACUGGGACCACACAUCAGCGUAUAUUGACCCUGCUUAAUCAAUUUUGCUUGGUCAGUCAACAAUGAAUUCCUACUUAGAUUAUACGAUUUACAACCGUGGUACUAACACUUAUAGUUCGAAAGUUGGGUGUUUUUCUAUGGAGCAAGAAUACUUGCCAAGUGCUUGUGCAAGUACAAAUAGUUUCAUUCCCGAGGGACGGCCAGUCGGAGGGAACACUUUUACACCGGCAUCGCACGAAACUCAUGGCACAACUUAUUCACAACUUCAGUCGCAGCCAUACCACAUCAAUAUGGAUAUGGGGAAAACUGGACACACCAAUUUCUGCAAGCAAACCCGACCUCCUCCUCCUCUCUCGGACUAUGGACAUCAGCACGUUCUCACUCAAGCAGAUGACCACAUGCGCCUUCAGUCCCCUGCUUUCUCUGUCGUGAAUAUGGGAUCCAACAUUGGAACUUACAGUGAAUCUAACUGCAGGCCUGGCUCGGUCUCUGGAAGCCAUUAUCAGUCGUAUCCCUAUGGAGAACACGAACCACACGGCUAUGGCUCUUUCAGCAAGUACCAGGUCUCCCCUGACAGUGACAGCGACUCCAAGACGAACAUCAAACAAGCGCCAACGUUUGACUGGAUGAAAGUCAAGAGGAAUCCCCCUAAAACAGUCGCCGAAUAUGGGAUCCACGGCCAGCAGAACAUAAUACGCACCAAUUUUACCACCAAGCAGCUCACAGAACUUGAGAAGGAGUUUCACUUCAACAAGUACCUGACCAGGGCGCGCAGAGUGGAGGUGGCCGCCACCCUCGAACUGAACGAAACGCAGGUUAAAAUUUGGUUUCAGAAUCGCAGAAUGAAACAGAAGAAGCGCGAGAAGGAAGGAACAGCGCCAAUAAUUAAACGAGCGACUCUUUGCUCUUCUGGUCAAAGCGCAGACAACUCAAACAGCUCAUCCCCGGGUGCUUCGCCUACCUCAGACUCUUCCACUACUAUUUGAUGCUUACGUGCCUUUGUGGCAAACGAACUUGUGCUGUGGAGAACUACCUAACUUAUUCCGCUGUCGUAGACAAAGCAUUAUAUGUGCUAGUGUGAGCAUGUGUUUUAUAUAUAAAACGCAAAAUAAUCAAUUUUGCUGCAUUAGAGCUACUGAAUUCAUGGUUCAAAAUCCAUUAACAGGGUAUAUGCUUAAUAGUCAAAAGCAAAACUUUUAAAUGUUCUUUUUUUAUGUCAGGUUGAGAUCUUAUUUUGCACUAGAGAUUCAUUCCUCUGUUGAAAGAGAAAAAAAAAAAAAACUGUUGAAAAGACUGACAUGUUUAUGUAUUUAGAAAACAACCUGGCCUGUGAUGUGAUAAAUAAAUAUUUUAUUUUUCUGAAAUAUGUUUGAUUUAUAAUUUCAUCAAUUUAUUGAUUUUCUUUUAAUUAAAAGGCUCUUCAUGA